UAGAGUGUGUGAGUACAGGAGAGGAAACAGGAGAGCAGCUGACACAGGGUCACUUAUGUCUGUAUUAAUGUGUGGCCUGAGGCCCUGUAACCGUGUGUUAAUACGGAGCAGUCUAAUGCUGUCCGGGCUCUGCAAGAACCACUCGUCUAAAGAGUCUUCCCACUGGCUGUCCCCUGCAGACCGGGAUCAGCAGGUGAAGGAGCUCAGGACCGCGGGAUGGGUGGAGGUGAAGGACCGUGAUGCCAUCUUCAAAGAACUUCACUUCAAAACCUUUAAUCAGGCAUUCGGCUUCAUGUCUCGAGUGGCUCUGCAGGCAGAGAAGAUGAACCACCACCCAGAAUGGUUCAAUGUUUAUAAUAAGGUCCAGAUUACAUUGACCACACAUGACUGUGGAGGACUGUCAAAACGGGAUGUCAAAAUGGCAAAGUUUAUUGACAAAAUUGCACCUUCAGAUUGAGUUUCUCUGCAAAUAAUUAUUCCUAAUAAAAAUGAUUAAAUAAUGCA